CCAGGCAUUUGCAGAGAUGAACGGGCUAUCUUGCGCUGGCCCUCUGCUAGGAGGCACUGGAGCCAACUAUCAUGAAGCAAGAGGCCUGGUCUCCGGCUUCUGCUCAUCAGCCGCGAACAGCAUAUUUGGACCCUCAACGAACCAAACAGGCAUUUUCAAGACCUCUCAAGGCAAUUCGGAUCUCCAAUUGACAAUCUCGUAUUCCACCACAAGACAAACGUACGAUACGGCUUGCAUUCUGGACGACAAUGCACAGCUCCCCGUCAGCAAAUCAGCCUGCGAACAAGCCUUCUAUCGCAUCCUCGAUCAAUGCGACACGACACCUCCAACUUCCACUUUAGGCAAAUUCGGCGGAACAGCCAGCUCUGGCUGCGGCGUCUACACCAUGGAAACCAAACCCGAAGAACUCAUCGCCUGCGGCGGCGACCCUUACCCACGAGCAGUUUCUAUGCCUCUCGAUAUCAUGACCGAAGGAAUUGAGAAGUAUUGUAAUUCCCACCUCCAACUUUCACCGGAUUAUAUCCCCGCCAGCGAAGCAUUUUUGGUUGAGAUUCCGAAGGGACGAUCGUAUUAUAAUUUUGUCAAGAAUGGGAUUGUGGUCAAGAUUGUGACGCAGUUUAAUGAGCAGGGACAAGCGGGUUGUGCGAAUCCGAGGGCUUUUGGGACGCAUGGAGAGGAAUGUAAGAGGAAAUUGACGAGUAUUGUGGAUCAGUGUGGGAUGAAGGGUGGUGGGUUGUCGAGUAAUGGGAAGAAUGGAUGUGUGCUUUGGACGAUUUGGGGGCAACAUGCUACGACUUGA